CAGAUGAUUGUUAUCAGGGCCCUUCUUGUAUUGAUAUUUGCCGGGCUUAUUGCUGGGGAUGAUACGGUGACGGUAGACAUCUAUGCCCAAACAGCAGAAUCCAAACACGACUUGAUAAGUUUCGUAUACGAUAAAUCAAGCCAAUCCAGUGUUGUAUUGAAGGAAAAUGAUUUAGCAAGGCAAGAGUAUUGUAUUGGUACUAGCUAUAAGUCCCUAGGAUGCUUCAACUACAUGAGUCUCGAUACCGUUAGGGAUAAGCUGGUACAAUUACAAUUGAAUCAAGAAGGAGACAUCGAAAGACUCAGCUUGAUAAGUGGGGCCGACGAUAGAAUCGUGUUGAAGCCAUACGAGGGUCAUCCGGUGCCCAAUCUAAAGCCAAUUGGUGCUAAGGGACAAAAACCGAAAAAGGAGCCUACCAAGAAAGCCGACGAAAACGGACAAGAGGCUGAAGAGGAUGACCGUUCAUGGAUCCAGAAAAACUGGAUGUAUGUGGUACCCCCAUUAUUGAUCCUAUUCAUGAGUUUACCUGCCGACGAGCCCCAGCCAAAGUAGCUAUACGUACCUUAUCACUGAAUUACACGGAUAUCGUUAGUAUAAAAGUUGUAGUUUUUCUAGAUUAUGCUUAAAAACUGCAAAUCCAUCGAAAACCCUCCAAAGAAAGCCCCAUUUGCCGGAACCACCCAAACCCAGCCGUUAUUCCACCCAAACCCAGCCGUUAUUCCACCCAAACCCAGCGUUAUUCCACCCAAACCCAGCCGUUAUUCCACCAAAUGCCAACACCGCUACCAAAACGUACUACAAUUGGGUUACACCCCAGGUCCUGCCGGACCUUCAUGAAAUAAAACCGCACACCAUUUUUUUGCAGCAAUACAAAGACCACCGGUUACUUAAGUAUUGAUGGAUAUGGUGUAGUAAAUAAUACCUAACUAGCAAAUUAUAAACAGUGGA